AUGUGGUGUUUACAAACAGAAAGCCACCUCAUUCCCCUCAGACCAGCCAAACAGCCCCGGGGCCGUGCCCUGAGCCCCGAUCCCCCGGGGGCCCCGCUCUCCCCGGGUCCCCUCCACUUGCCCCGCAGCCAGCGCCCGAAGGCGGCCCGCUCCCGGCGGCGAGGUCGGGGCAGCUGGGCCAGCUCCACGCUCACCCCCCCGUACUUGUCGGGCCGCCCCCGCAGCCCUGCCCAGCCGCCCGCCGGCGACCCCCGGCCCCGAGCCCCCCGCAGCGCCCGCAGCAGCCCCGAGCCCGGCCCCGCCAUGGCGCAGCGGGAAGCGGCCGCCCCGGGGGCGGUGCCGGCCUCUGCCUCCGGAAGGGCUGGGCGCCGGGCCGGCAUGGCCGCUGCCUGUCGCCGCAGGAGCAAGGGGCGGCCGGCCCCGGGCGGCGAUGGCGAUGGCGGUGGCGGAUCCCCGCGGGCAGGCGGCGCCCAGGGCGGGCCGCUGGUGCUCGGCGUCGCCGGGACGGUGGAGGCAGGGGACGACAAGGUGCCGAAGAUGUUGCGGGCAGGCCUGGCGCAGCUGUCGCUGAGCAGCAUGAAGUCGGCAGGUGCAUGCAUAGGCCGCCCCGUCCUGCUCAGCGCCGCGGAGGGGAGGCAGGAGGUCUGCACUGCUUGGCCCACCACAGGCUUUCCAGGCGGCAGGGUUGGACUGAGUGAAACCACGCAGAAGAGCCUGAAAGUAAAUCCGGGUGAUGCUGUCACCGUGCAGCCUGUGACCGGGGCAGUUAUCCAGGCAGAAGAGGUUGAUGUGAAGUUGAGGGACAAAGAUGCCUGUAUUAAAGCUGAGGAAAUGUCUGUCUGUCUGCUGAGAAACCUAGAUGGGAAAGUGGUUUUACCAGGAAACCUCCUGGCUUUCUCUUUCUAUGGCAAACUUUGUAACAUCGUGGUGAUGAGAGUGAAAGGAACUGAUGGCACAGAGCUGACCGCCCCGGCCACCUCCAGCGAAACGCAGGAGCCAGACCUGGAGAAAUCUGACCUGGAGGCGAGCGCGCUAGAUUUGUCCUUGCAGCUCAGCGGGCUGGACCUGGACGAUAACCCCGGGGCUGCGUCCGUGAGCACACCGAGCAGGCGGAUGGACCCAGCCUCACCAGUUCCCCCCAGCUCUGCCGCGGCAUCCGGCAGGCACGGCUCUGCUGAGGGAGCCCCGACUGGCAGCCCGGGGGUCGGUGCAGACCUGCCCCAUGGCUCACAGCCGGCGGGGACGGGAGGCAGGGAGGGACUCCUGCCGCCUGGCAAGGCGGGAGCAGCAAGCAGCACAGACAGUUUUUAUUACAUUUCUUCGAGAACUAGAAUCCAGUUUGUUGAAACCAGGACCGGCGUAGCAGACGACGGUGACUGUGAAUCCCGAGUUACCUAUGAUAUGAUAGGAGGUUUAAGCAGCCAGCUCAAAACUAUUAGAGAAACAGUUGAACUGCCCAUGAAGCAAGCUGAACUGUUCAAGAGUUACGGAAUCCCUCCUCCUAGAGGAGUGCUGUUGUAUGGCCCUCCAGGUACCGGGAAGACGAUGAUUGCCAAAGCCAUUGCAAAUGAGGUUGGAGCUCAUGUAACCGUUAUUAACGGUCCUGAAAUAAUAAGCAAGUUUUAUGGAGAAUCUGAAUCAAGAUUACGUCAGAUAUUUGCUGAAGCUUCUCUACGUCGCCCCUCCAUUAUAUUUAUAGAUGAGUUGGAUGCACUAUGUCCAAAAAGAGAAGGGGCUCAGAAUGAAGUUGAAAAGAGAGUUGUUGCUUCCUUGCUGACGUUAAUGGAUGGCAUUGGCUCGGAGGGCAGCGAAGGGCAGCUUGUGGUACUUGGGGCCACCAAUCGUCCCCAUGCUCUGGAUGCGGCACUGCGCAGACCCGGCCGUUUUGAUAAAGAAAUAGAAAUUGGGAUUCCUAAUGCCCAAGACCGUCUGGAUAUACUCCAAAAGCUUCUGAAGAAAGUUCCCCAUUCGCUUACAGCUGCAGAGCUGGUGCAACUGGCUGAUAGCGCGCAUGGCUACGUAGGUGCAGACUUAGCAGCCUUGUGCAAAGAAGCAGGUUUGUACGCACUGCGGAGAGCUCUGGGGAAGCGAGCUAACCCCUCAGACAACGAGGUGGCUGGGUCAGUGAUGAUUGCUUUCAAUGACUUCCUGCAAGGGAUGAAUGAUGUCAGGCCCAGCGCCAUGAGGGAGGUGGCAGUUGAUGUGCCAAAAGUAUCUUGGUCAGACAUAGGAGGACUAGAAGAUGUCAAGCUGAAAUUGAAGCAGGCAGUUGAAUGGCCUCUCAAACAUCCUGAAGCCUUCAUCCGAAUGGGGAUUCAGCCUCCAAAAGGUGUACUGCUUUAUGGACCUCCUGGAUGCUCAAAAACAAUGAUAGCAAAAGCUUUGGCUCAUGAAAGUGGCCUCAACUUCUUGGCAGUGAAGGGACCUGAGCUGAUGAAUAAAUAUGUUGGUGAGUCUGAACGAGCAGUGAGAGAGAUCUUUAGGAAAGCCAGAGCGGUGUCUCCUUCAAUUCUUUUCUUUGAUGAAAUAGAUGCGUUGGCAGUUGAAAGGGGAAGCUCUUCAGGUGCUGGAAAUGUAGCAGACCGUGUCUUGGCUCAGUUGUUAACGGAAAUGGAUGGGAUAGAGCAGCUGAAGGACGUGACAAUUUUGGCAGCUACAAACAGACCGGACAUGAUAGACAAGGCCUUGCUAAGACCAGGAAGAAUAGACAGAAUUAUCUAUGUGCCAUUGCCAGAUGCAGCCACUCGCGAGGAGAUCUUCAGACUUCAGUUUCGGUCUAUGCCAGUCAGUGAGGAAGUCUGCUUGGUGGAGCUCGUUCAGCACACACACAAAUAUUCAGGAGCAGAGAUAACAGCAGUCUGUAGAGAAGCAGCCCUGCUAGCUCUUCAGGAAGACAUAAAUGCCAAAUUUAUCAUGGGACGGCAUUUUCGGUAUGCACUGACAGUCGUGACACCAAGAAUUCCCGAUUCCUUAAUCCAGUUUUAUGCAGAUUAUCAGCAGCAAAGUGGACUGCACGCACUUUGAAAGGCAAAUUAAUACAUAUGCCUGCUCAUAGUGUGAAUAGCAAAUUUCCUUUGUAAAGCUGUCAAGAGCUAAAGAAUUUUGUAUUGUACAUGGAGUGUCCAAAGUUGACUCAAAUGCGGAAUCAUCAUAAUAAAUGCCCAUGUGGAUUUUUUGAGUGUAACAGAAAUUGUGUAACCUUUGUGUUUUACAAUUCAAAUGGUAUAAUCUGCAUUUUAGAGGUAGUAAGAGUGCUGGUGUAAUUCAGUGUUUCUGAGUGUACAACCACGUGUCAAAAAAUAAUUACCAAAUUCUGAGAUUUUGGUGGAUUUUUGGCCCUAAAAAGAGUAGCAGUGAAUGUCAUGACUGCCUUCGUUUGUUCAUGCCUUAACCUCAGUUUAAUCCCAGGGACCAUCCCAGUGAGGCAGAGACCUGGGGAGUGGCCUCACUACAAAAAUGCUGAAAAUUAUUCUGAAUCUUUUGAUUUAUGAUCUCCAGAAAAGCUGCCAAACAGGCUUGCCGACCAUAGAGCUUUCCAAGAGAAAGCGGAGGUAUCCUGAUUGAUUUCGGUGAAACGUUUAUCUUCAGUAUUAAGCAACUCCUUUUUACACAUACUGUAGAGCAGGCACGUUAGAAAUUGUACAUCACGAGGCUUCCUUUGCAUUUCAGAAAAGUGAAUUGCAUCCAACUCUUGGCUAACCUGAAACCACUUCGAGGCAUCAACAGAAGACUUUUGUUGUUGUUUGUUUC